UUUCCCCGCCCGGUUUCGACCUUUCCAUCCCCUUGACGCAGUUCCCACCCGACCGGUGGUGUGAUCAUCACUCCUCGUCGAUUGCUUAUAUUGGAGGCAUUGUGUUGCUCCAAUUAGCGUUCUUCAGUAGCUGACAACAACCGAAAACCCUUUUGUCUACACUCGACCUGCAUUUCGAUCUUUCAUCUACACCGAUAUCCACUCCACAAUGGUGGCCGAAACAAAACUAUACGAUGCCCUAUCAAUCAAACCGGAUGCUUCACAGGAUGAAAUCAAGAAGGCCUACCGUAAGGCUGCCUUGAAGUACCACCCGGAUAAGAACAAGGACAACCCGACUGCGUCGGAGAAGUUCAAAGAGGUCUCCCAAGCAUACGAAGUCCUUUCCGACCCUGAGAAACGAAAAGUCUACGAUCAAUUCGGUCUAGAAUAUCUCAUGCGCGGUGGCCCGCCCCCGUCCAGUGGCGGUGCCGACGGUGGCGCCAACCCCUUCGCGGGAGGCAUGCCCGGCGGGUUUUCGUUCGGCGGCAUGCCUGGAGGCGGAGGCGGUGGUACCCGUACGUUCCACUUCUCAACUGGACCCGGGGGAAGCGGCGGAUUCCGCUUCAGUGAUGCGGACGACAUCUUCCGGAACUUCGCCAAGGCCAGCGGUGGCAUGGGCGGCGGCGGCGGCGGCAUGGACGAGGACGACCUCUUCUCGAUGCUCGGUGGCGGCCUAGGCGGCGGCCGGGGAUUCCGGACUAACCGUGGGUCGACUGGGUUCAAGCAAUCAGCGCGCGCCCCGACGCCGGAGCCCACGGUCAUGGAGAAGGAGCUGCCGCUGACGCUGGAGGAGAUCAUGAAGGGCGUGACAAAGAAGGUGACGGUCAAGAGUAAGACGUUUGACCCGGCGACCGGCAAACGCACCGUGCAAGACGUCACGCUGGAAGCGAAGAUCAAGCCUGGUCUGCGCACGGGAUCGAAACUCAAGUACCGUGGUGUGGGAGAUCAGGAGGAGGGUGGAAAACAGGAUGUGCACCUGAUUGUCACCGAGAAAGAACAUCCCAACUUCAAACGCCAGGGCGACCACCUGAUCACGACAGUUGAAUUGAGUCUCAAAGAGGCAUUGACUGGGUGGGAACGCAUUGUGCGCACGAUCGACAACAAGUCCAUCAGAGUGUCCAAGCCGGGUCCCACGCAACCGGGAUACGAGGAACGUUACCCAGGGCUUGGCAUGACCGUGUCGAAGAAGCCGAGCGAGCGGGGUGAUCUGAUCAUUCGGGUUAAUGUACGGUUCCCUGCCAGCUUGACUGCGGCACAGAAGGAGGUGUUGCGCGACGUUCUGCCUUGAUUCUCUGAUUUUAUAUUCCCAUCA